CCGAACCAUGGUUUGCGCUCGUCUCGGGUUCUCUUAGCAGCAGCAGCCGCCGCCGCCCUGUGCUCUGGCUUCACUUCCUCCUCCUCUUCCUGCCGAGCCACUUUCCUCCUAGCGCUAUGACCGUCGUCUCCGUCCCGCAGCGGGAGCCGCUUGUCCUGGGCGGUCGCCUUGCGCCCCUGGGCUUUUCCGCCCGCGGUUACUUCGGGGCCCUCCCGAUGGUGACCACGGCUCCGCCGCCUGUAUCCCGGAUCCCGGACCCCCGGGCAUUGCCCCCCACCCUUUUUCUCCCUCACUUCCUAGGGGGAGACGGUCCCUGUCUGACCCCUCAGCCUCGCGCCCCAGCACCGCUGCCCAACUGCAGCCUCGCCACGGCGGGGGGCGCCCCUCGGGCAGCGCCAAAGAAGCGGCGCAAGAAGAAGGUGCGGGCCAGCCCGGCGGGGCAGCUGCCCAGCCGCUUCCACCAGUACCAGCAGCAUCGGCCGAGCCUGGAGGGCGGGCGGAGCCCCGCGACGGGCCAGAGCGGAGCGCAGGAGGUCCCGGACCAGGCCGCCGCCUCGACCCCGGAUCCGGAGACCGCAAACCCCACUGAGGAAGCGAGUGCUUUCCCCGGCCCGCUGCCGCCCGCGGCGCCCGGCCAACCCUGUUUCAGAAGAGAGGUUUUAAAAUCAAAGAUGGGAAAAUCGGAGAAAAUUGCCAUUCCCCACGGCCAGCUUGUUCAUGGUAUACACUUGUGUGAACAACCAAAGAUAAACAGACAGAAAAGCAAAUAUAACUUACCACUAACCAAGAUCACCUCUGCAAAAAGAAAUGAAAAUAACUUUUGGCAGGAUUCUGUUUCGUCUGAUAUAAUUCAGAAGCAGGAAAAAAAGCCUUUUAAAAAUACUGAGAACAUUAAAAAUAUGCAUUUGAAGAAAUCAGCAUUUCUAACUGAAGUGAGCCAAAAAGAAAAUUAUGCUGGGGCAAAGUUUAGUGAUCCACCUUCUCCUAGUGUUCUUCCAAAGCCUCCUAGUCACUGGAUGGGAAGCACUAUUGAAAAUUCCAACCAAAAUAGGGAGUUGAUGGCAGUACAUUUAAAAACUCUCCUAAAAGUUCAAACUUAGAUCUCCGAUUUCAGUAUGUGUGUAAAACAUAGUUUUCCAGAAUCCCUGGACUCUCGAAAAGAAAAUUGGUAUAAAAGUGGAAAUUUGCCUUGUUGCAAUAUACAGGUGCAAAAGAGGAGUUUAAAAAAUUACAAACAGCUUGUAUUAUAUUUUAUAUUUUGUAAAUACUGUAUACCAUGUAUUAUGUGUAUAUUGUUCAUACUUGAGAGGUACAUUAUAGUUUUGUUAUGAAAGUAUGUAUUUUGCCCUGCCCAAAUGGUGGGUGUUUUGUAUAUAUACAAUGCAGAAAUUUUAAGUGUGUGCUAAGGCACACAGAAGACCAGUUUAUUUGCACAAGGUACUGAGAUUUUUUUCAAGAAACAGCUGUUGAAUCUCAAGGUGAAGAUCUAAAUGUGAACAGUUUACUAAUGCACUACUGAAGUUUAAAUCUGUGGCACAACAUUGUAAACAUGGGUUUGUCUAUGUUUCUCUAAAUUGAUUUCUGCCUUCUAAUCUGUAAUUACUGGAAAACUCCUGUUCCCAUUUUUACCAAACUUAAUUUCUGGCUUUUGGUUUAUAUCCAUUAUUAGAUUUAAAAUACCUCUAAUUUUAAUGCCAACAAAAUUGGUUGUAAUCAAAUUUUUAAAUAAUAAUAAUUUGCCCCCCCCCCCUUUUAAACUAGUCUUGACUCUUUGUGUGUGACUGUUUUUCAUGUUUGAAUGUGUGACAAGGAGAUGGAUUUUAACUUUCGAUUUUACUGGCUGAAUGUCUUUAUACUAAUCAUCCAUCCUUCCUCUGAAAUUUAGAGGGUCCAAUAAUUUAACACUACUACCUCUAAGGGGAGGAAUUCCCCAUCUUACAAAUGGAAAUGGUUGUGGUCAAAAGUAAAGCUGAUUAGUUUAUAACUUAGAGUAUAUUUUUAUAUAUGGACUGUUUCAUAAAGUACCAUUUGACUUAAUCAUACCAUAUGUUUUAUAAUGAAAGAAAAUGUUUGUUUUACUAAAUUUAUAUUGAUGUUGAAUGGUGGUACUUGAACCAAAGCAAACAUAAUUGGUGGUAAAAUAGUAGAUGAUACUAGAUUCUGAAGCUUCCUUGAAGAUGAACAUGGCAGCUUAUGUAUUUUUACUUUAAAAUUCAAACUUUGUUCCUCUAUUCAAUAGUGUAUAUAUAUAUAUAAGGUCUAUUCCAAUAAGAAAUUCUAAAAUACAAUUUUCCUUAUAUAGUUUUUAGUUACACAAAGCUAAAGUUUAUCUCAACAAAAAGGAAGAAAGUUUUCUGAGUAGUUGGGCAAUAUUUAGAUAUGUGAAAAGGGUGUUAAGAGGGUAUGUAUAUGAUUCUAUAAGAUGGAAUAGAUGAGAAAGGUGCUACCAUCCUGAGAAAAAAAAAAAAUGGGAAAGUCGUCUUGUACCAUCUGCUUCACACAGGAGGGGAGGAAGACACUUAACUUUCUGACUGUACAAAAGUGGUUGGUGGUUUGGGCACAACGUUACUUAGCAUAACUGUUGACUUGAUGAAGAGUGUCAGGAGGUUAUGCUAACUUGCAUUAGCCACAAAAUCUGAGAAUUACUAAAGAUGUGCUGUCUUGUAUACGCGACUCAUACGUGUCCACAUCCAGCCAACCGUUUUUCUUUGGCACUGGCUAUAACACAUGCUUUGUUCUUAUGUAUGUGGAGAAAGCUAUACUUCAUUAUAUAUAGGUAUAUAUAUAGCUGGCUUUAAAAAAUGCAUUUAGAGAAACUUAAACCAUAAUAAAAUAUAGGUGAGCUUUCAACCUUGUACAAGUUAGACUUUCUAAGAGAAGUGUUAACACACUGGUAAAGACAAUGGUUAAAUUUUUUCAAGGAAUGACAUAAGGAAAUAGAUUAUAUUAUCAAGUAGUAAUAGUUUUUAUAGUUUAAAAAGUGAACAAAAUUGAUUUAAUUAGACUUACAGAUAUAGUGAAAAGGUAUUAACAAAUUUAAAAGUUGAAUUGUUUUGGUGUUAUAGUAAAAUACUAUUUAGCAACCUUUAUUGGUCCCUUUGAGCUGCUAUAACAAAAUACUGGAGACUGGGCAGCUUAUAAACAUUUAUUUCUCACAGUUCUGGAGGCUGGGAAGUGCAAGACUAAGGCGCUGGCAGAUUUGGUGUCUGGUGAGAGACCACUUUGGUUCAUAGGUGGUGUCUUUUUGCUGUGUCCUUAGAGGGCACAAGGGGUGAGGCAGCUUUCGUGGGCUCCUUUUGUAAGGGCACUAAUCCCAUUCCUGAGGGUUUUGCCCUCAUGUCCCAAUCACUUCCUCAAAGGCUCUGCCUCCCGAUACCAUCACUUUGGGGUUAGGUUUCAACAUAGGAAUUCAGACCAUCGUGCAGCCCAAUUAUUAUUCAGCCACCUUUAUUUUUCUCUCUUUGGAGUCUUCUGAAACAUUUUUCCUGAUGUUUUUGUAAUGAUGUUUGUUUGGUUUUGUGGGUGUACAAAGCAAACGUGUUUCCAGUCAUCAGCUUCAGGCCCAAGUUUUAACUAAGGCGCUGGUAAUUGCAAAGGGGUGAAAGGUUUAUAAGUGUAUGUGAGUGGAAAAUAUUAACACGCGGCAGCACUACAUUAUGGAACAAAUAUCAACGUGCGGUUAGUGUUUUAUACUGAAGUUGCUUUUAGAUAAAUCUAUACAAUUGGAUACCGAGUUUAUUCAACUUAUACCACUGAUGGAGUGAUGCUCAGAAAGAGCUGCUUUUAUUUGCAUUAAUCUUGGUGCUAAGUAUUUUAUUAGUGUCUUCCUUGUGGGCAGAUAAAGGAAAAAGAAGGUAAUAGACCAAAUUACACUAUGAAAAGAUUGACAGGAGCCAUUAUUUUCAAACAUAAAGGUGGUUUGUAAGUUUAAAUACAAAUUUUAGUGUGGUUUAUAAGUUAAAAGACUAGAAUGUAUUAGGCAAGUAAUCUACAUUUUAGCCAGCCCUGGUGGUCUAGUGGUUCAGACUGCUUCACUUCCCUGUCAGGGAACCACACCACCCCUCUGUAGGUUGUCAUACUGUGGCGGCUCUGUGAUGCUGAAACCGGGAUUUCAAAUACCAGCAAGGUGGACAGGUUUCAGUGGAGCUUCCAGACUAAGACUAGGAAGAAGGACCUGGCCACCCACUUCGGAAAAACCUGGCCAUGAAAACUCGAUGAAUAGCAGUGGAGCAUUGUCUGAUUGCGCCGGAAGGUGAGAGGAUGGUGCAAAUAGAGCAGGCAGGGUUCAGCUCUGCUGUCCACAGGUCCCUAGGAGUCGGAAUCAACUACGUGGGCACUUAAGAAAAUUACAUUUUAUCAGGACCAGCAUUCAGGUUUUUAGGCAUAGUACUAUGUAGUCACUCCUUUCCUUCACAAUAUUUUAAUAUAAAUUUAGUAUGCUAUACAAAUGUAGGACCGGAAUGGGAUCCAGUCAUGCUAUGUUUGGGGAAAACCGCUUGUAUUUCUUUUGCCUAGUACAUGAUUUCAAACUCCCUAAAACUCCCCACAGUACUUGCUAUUGUGUUUACCUGCCGUCUUUAAAAGCCCUCACUCAACUUCUGGUGGUGAGAAGGAACAAGACCUAGGCCCCAUCCCAGUGCUUCUGCCCUUCAGCACGAGGCCCCAGGCUGGACCUGGAAAAGAGGGCACAGCUGGCACCCACCCAAGACAGGAUGAAGUGAGGAUUGUGAGGAGCUGUGGCUGUGGUGGAUAGGCUAGACUCCUCGGAUGCCCUGUCCCUCACCCCCAGCAUGUUAAAGAAAAGCAUUUAGAUGUCUGGGAGAGGCUUUGGGUUGCCCUAUUCCUGGUUCUUCCAGAAGCAGUGCUGGGGAGAGAACCACGAUUAUUAAAUGGUUUGAAAUUACAAAAAAAGGGGGGCUGGUUUUGAGAUUAAGGAGGCUUUGAAAAAGUAGUACAAGGACAUAAAUUUUGAGUGGGGACAUUAAGCAAUCAGUUCUAGAAAGGAAGGUAAGGAAUUUGAAGAAGUAAAGGAACUUCUAUUUGAUGUUGGCAUUUUGUGUGAGUCUCUGUUUCAGCUCAUACAGAUGCAAAUACCUUCUUCACAGAUAGCUGAGAAAACACAUUUUAGAAGUUAAGAUCAUGGUUUGAAAAUUCCCCCAAUUUUUAGUCACCAAUUUUAGCUUUUUCUAAUAGUAUGUUGUAAAUAUUAAUACUAAUGAGUUAGCUUAGAUGAGUUCUGACAUCUUUCCCAAAUCUGACAGUCUAUGAUUCCAAAAAAUGUCUCAUUCAUGCAUAGGUUUGAUAACACAUUUCUGCAUAUGAUUAUAAAAAUUCUAUCAAUGAAACUAAUAUAGAGUUCCUGUCUUUUGGAUAAUAAAAUUGUCUCAACCACUUGCACCCCCA